CCACGGCGGGCCGGGCAAGGGCCGCGGCGCGCGGAGGAAUCUCUUUUGCCCUUUAGUCCCGGGCUAGGCGUUGCGGCCGGCGCCAUUUUAUCAAGCCGCGGUCUCGGGUGCCGCCAUGUUGGUGAAGAGAAAUCGCCGUUACGGCCACUGUCCAAAUCCCCGCGUCGCCGCCCGCCGCCCGCUCGCUCCCAAGCCUCAGCCACCGGCGGCGAAUAGAGACUAAAGCGGCAGCGCCGGCAGCGCGAGGCCGUUGCCCAGUGUUUGCAGUUAGAGCCCCACCUCUCUGGCGUGGUUGUUAAUAGACUGGAAAGUCUGUGUCUGUGUCGCUCACUAGUAACCGUGAGUUUUUACCACUUCGUCACCUCUCGGCGGCGGCCGGGAGCAGGUGCCCGCAGGCGGCGCGGGGCUCCUUCCCGCGCGCCGCCGCCGCCGGCCUCGCAGAUCUGCCCUCCAGCCCCGCCCCGUUCUUGACCAAACAUGACAGACUCUGAACAUGCAGGGCACGACAGAGAAGAUGGUGAAUUAGAAGAUGGUGAAAUAGAUGAUGCAGGAUUUGAAGAAACACAAGGACAGGAAGGAAAAGAGGAUGAAAAGCAGAAAAAUGAGAAAGCCUACAGAAAAUCAAGAAAAAAACACAAGAAAGAAAGAGAGAAGAAAAAAUCCAAAAGGAGAAAACGUGAGAAACAUAAGCAUAAUUCUCCAUCUAGUGAUGAUAGUUCAGACUACAGCCUUGGUUCAGAUGUUGAACAUACAGAGAGUCAUCACAAAAAAAGAACUGGUUUCUACAGGGAUUAUGACAUUCCAUUUCCUCAGCAUGGACAUACAUCAGGAAGUUAUAUGACAUCAAAGAAGAGUCAACACAACAAAAAAUUUAAGAGUAAAGAAUAUGAUGAGUAUAGUACCUACAGUGAUGACAACUUUGGCAACUACAGUGAUGAUAACUAUGGCAACUAUAAUCAGGAAACAGAGGAAGAUUUUGCCAGUCAGCUCAAGCAGUACAGGCAAGCUAAAGACACUUCAAGUACUGCUUUAGGAUCAUCAUAUUCUAAGGAAUCAGGCAAAAAACAAAGAAUGAAAGGAGUUCAAGGUACUGAACACAGGGUUAAAAAUUUUAAUACUGGUCGUGGACGUGGUUUGCCGAAGAAAAUCAAACGCAAAGACCGAGGGGGAAGAACCAGUAAAGGGCCUAAUGCUUUUUCAGGAAUGGAUGACUUUCAAGAGUAUAGUAAACCAGGGAAAAAGUGGAAGGUUAUGACUCAGGAAUUUAUUAAUCAGCACACGGUGGAACACAAAGGAAAACAAAUCUGUAAAUAUUUUCUGGAGGGGAGAUGUAUUAAGGGAGAUCAGUGUAAAUUUGAUCAUGAUGCAGAGUUGGAGAAGAAAAAAGAGAUCUGCAAAUUUUACUUACAAGGGUAUUGUACCAAAGGAGAGAAUUGCAUUUAUAUGCACAAUGAAUUUCCAUGCAAGUUCUAUCAUACUGGAGCAAAAUGUUACCAAGGAGACAAGUGUAAAUUUUCACAUGAUGAUCUGACUAAAGAAACAAAGAAGCUCUUGGAUAAGGUAUUGAACACCGAUGAAGAAACAAAUGAAGAUGAGAGAGAGUUAGAAGAACUUAGAAAGCGUGGCAUAACUCCUCUUCCCAAACCACCUCCAGGAGUCGGACUUCUGCCAACCCCACCAGAGCACUUUCCCUUUUCUGAGCCUGAAGAUGAUUUUCGGACAGAUCUUUCUGAUGAUUUCAAGAAAAUUCCAUCUCUCUUUGAGAUAGUUGUACAACCUACUGUAGAUUUAGCACACAAGAUUGGGAAGAAGCCACCAGCAUUUUAUAACAGUGCCUCACCACCAGGACCACAGUUUCAGGAAAGCAGCCCACAUAAUCAACAUAUCUAUAGUUCUGGGUCAAGUCCAGGUCCUGGACCUAGUAUGUCUCAGGGACAUAACAGUUCUGUGAUGCACCCAGGCUCCCCGGGACAUCAUCCAUGUGCAGGACCACCUGGUAUGCCAAUGCCUCAGAGCCCACCUUUGCCACCUGCUCCACCUGGAAUUGUAGGCCCUCAUGGUCAAUCAGGAGUACUUGUUCAACCAGAUAUUCCUUUGGCACCAAGUAUGAGUGAUGCUUACCAUUUUUCAGGCUUUCCAGAACACAUGAUGAAAGUACCUAGAGAGAAUCACUGCUCUGGUUUCUCACACAUGCAAAAUCCAGGUGAAAUGCAUCUCAAUGCUGAUUAUGACUCUCUGCAGAACACAGCUGAGUUUUAUGAUGACUAUUAUUCACAGCAUGCCGUACAUAAUUUCCAGUCACCCGGUAAUUCUAGUGAUGGAAUGUGGCCUGGUGAAUUUACCCAGCAUCAACCUCCCAUUGUUCAAGAGGCACCUAACCAUGGCAGUGGUUCUGACGGCAGCAGCAGUAUGACAGGCCAUGGCUCCCUGCCCACACCAGGCCUCCUUCCUGCAGUGCAGAGAGCUCUUUUUGUCAGACUUACUCAGAAAUACCAGGAAGGGGAAGAACCAAGUAUCACCCAGACCCAGAGAGCACAAAGCAAGGAAGAAGAUGAUACUGUUAACUGGUAUUCCAGUAGUGAAGAAGAAGAAGGAAGCAGUGUGAAGUCAAUACUGAAAACAUUACAGAAACAAACAGAAACUCUAAGGAAUAAGAAGCAGACUUUCACGGAACUUAGCACUCCCACGGAUCCAAGACUUGCUAAAGACAAAAGCAAAGGAAACCAAGUUGCUGACCCUAGACUUAGGACUAUCCCAAGGCAAGACAUUAGAAAAUCUGAAUCUGCCCCUGUGGAUCUUAGACUUGCUUGGGACCCCAGGAAAUUCAGAGGGAAUGGAAGUAGUCAAGUAGGUUCUUCUGUUGGUGGAGCCAAGUUCGAUUCUUAUCAUGGAAAUACUGGCAGUAAUGUCAAACAUAAAAGAGGAGAUGAUGAAGAAGAAGACACAGAGAGAGAACUGAGAGAAAAAGCUUUCAUAAUUCCUUUGGAUUCUUCCCCUGGUGUAGUGCUACAGGAUCCAAGGUCACAACUGAGACAGUUCAGUCACAUUAAAAUGGAUAUUGUCCUAACCAAACCCAACUUUGCAAAACACAUUGUGUGGGCUCCAGAAGACUUACUUCCAGUCCCGUUACCUAAACCCGACCCAGUAUCUUCAAUCAAUUUACCUCUGCCCCCUCUCAUAGCUGACCAGAGACUCAGUAGGUUAUGGAAUGCAAAAAGUGAUCUUCAUCAAAACACAGUGCCCAGUGAUUCCAAAUUAGCAGCUAAAACCAAAAUUAACACAACUAACAGAGAAGGAUACCUAGAACAAUUUGGAGAUGGGCAUAGUUCAGGGAGUAAGCUAGGAGACCCUAGGCUGCAGAAAACCUUUGAUCCUAGGCUUCAUAGACUGCACAACACUGAGUCUCAUCAAGCAAUUCUGAAAGAUUCACAUGUAUCAAAGGGUGCCCCAUAUUUAGCCAGAUCCAGUUCUGCUUCAUCACAGCCCUCAGGGACAGCAGUCAGUAAUUCUGGUCCCAGGGCGUUACCUCCAUAUGCUCCUAAACUCUCAUCAGCAGCUGGCCUUUCGCUGGGAACUACAAGUUCAGUUCUUAGCAGUAUUAGCCUAUAUGACCCUAGAGAGCCUGGUUCAUCGUCAGCUUCAGACCUAACAGCAGAAAACGGGGACAGCCAGAAAAAAGGUGGUGGCUUAAAAAGUGGUGAUAAAAGUGAGCCUUCUGGAGAAGCAGUCCAGCCACAGAAAACCACUCCAGAUGUGGAAGCCACUGGUGAUGAGGCAGCUAACCCACAGGCUGAUAGUCUCAAGGGCUCCGGCACGGUUCAGGUUCCCGCGGUGCACAGCCUUCCCAUUCAGGCACUGACGGGCUUAAUUAGACCCCAGUAUAGCGAUCCAAGGCAGGGAAGACAGCCUGGACAGGCAAGCCCCACCCCAGAGAACGAUCCCAGUCGGGAAACAGAUGACAAAUCUCUAAAAGAGGUUUUUAAAACUUUCGAUCCAACUGCUUCACCAUUUUGUUAGCUAUCGUCUAUUUAAGCAAUUCUUUUCAUUCUCGUGACUAUUACAGUCCUCUGCUGUUUUGUAACUGGUUUACCUCUAUAGUUUUAUUUAUUUUUAAAUUAUGAACACUUUUCAGCUGCUAGUAUCAGAACCACAUGAAGUUAUAUCCUCUAAAGCCUGUGGGUAUUUUAUAUGAUAUUUUUAUAACUUUAAGAGACUGUAGUAAUUGACAUAGAAACUUAUAUAUCAUGUUAGCUUCAGUAAAAAUACUUUUAUUGUAAAUAAACCAUCAUGAACUCAACAUUCUGCUUGAAUAUAUGCCAGUUGUCUUUCAUAAUCAUUGUUUAGAUAAAUGAUCACUUUUAUAAUGGUUGUUAGUUUCAAGCAAUCUAAUGUACAUUACUUUUGAGAAGCAGUAUUUUGACUAGGAUCCUCUCUGUUUGUCAACCAGAACUGAUUAAUACAUAAUGCUCACUGCUAACUAAAAUGUAAAGUGAAGUAGAAAACAUUUUCUUAAUCACAAUUAGCAGAGCAGUUCAUGCUUAAGGCCAUCACAUAUUAGUAUUGGUAAUAUUAUUUGUGUAUACAGAGCAUUUGAAUGUGAAUAUUGAUGCUGUAUCAUAGAAAUUGGAGACACAUAGAUUGUUUUGCUAAAGUGAAAAAUUCCCAUUCUUUGACAUAAAAUUUUUUAACUUAAUUUUUCAUAUAGUUAUGAAUUACUGCUGGUUAUAUUGUGAUGUUUAUGUGUUUUGAUGUUUUUUGUCUUCAGUAGCAUAAUGUAUUAUUACUGUUUCAGAUGAUGUAGCUGCAAUAAUUGUAUUGAUCAUGACUUUGGCAGUUUUUAACAUUUUGAAAGAUCCAGUGAGACUGUAUCAUUGAUAAUGUUUUAAAUGUCAAGGUUCUAUAUUUUUUCUUAAAUAGCAAGCAAACAGAUGGAAGGUAUAGUUGACUAUAUAUGUGUACCAAUAAAGAAUGUCUUUCAGAUAUCACCUGACUGAAAUUCUGUAACAGAGGGGACUGCCUGGUGUUUUAAGUAUUUAAUGUCUUCAUUGUGCAAUCUCCUAAAUUGAUUAGAAAUUGUAUUUUUAUGAAAAGUUAUUUGUAUUCUUAUGUAUUUAUUGUAGCAUAUAAAUAAUGGCAGCCCUAUUUGUUUUAUAUACUUUAUUAUUGAAACUAAGUAUUAUACUGAUAGUGAUGUCUUGGACUUAAGGCAUAUGACAAUGUUUGCUGGUAACAACUUUAAUAAGUAACUCAAAGAAAGGAGUAUUUAAUCAUAAAAGAUAAUAACAGGAGAAAUCAGUCCUUUGAAAAAGAAAACAGCAACUCUUGAGAAGUGAUUUUAUAAAUACAUAGCAAAACAUUUCUGUUGGAACCUAAAUGCAUAUGGUUUAAUACUAACACAUAUACUUUUUCUUUACUUCUUUUUACUUUUAAAAAAAUUGAAUUCAGUGCUAAAAUGGGAUUGCAGUUAAAUGAAGCAAAAACUGGCUACGUAAGAAGUUUAUUGUAUUUUAAGAGAAAGGCCGGUUUUUUAAAGGAAUAUGAAUUCCUGCUGUUUAUACUUCAGUUACAUGGUUACCUGAACUGACUCUCAAAAACAUUUUUUAGAUAAAAAUGUUUAAAGCCACCAUAGAAAGUAUUUUCUGCUUUGCUAUCCUAAUAAAUUUUAUUAUUAAUUGAAAAGUUUUAAAAUGAACAAACCGAUGGGAAAAAAACAUACACUUUUAUUCCAAAGGAUAGUAUUUUUAUUAGUAUAAAAUUGAUAAAAUUAUUAAUUUUUAGCAAUUGAAAUUUUUAGAGAAUCUUUUAAUUCACUAUUGUAUUUUAUAGUUGUGUUAAAUGCUGUUUGCAUUUUAAAUAUCAUACAAGAAAAUAAUUUGCUUUGAUAAAAGAUCAAGGUGGAAUUUAAACUCCUUUUUGUUUCUUUUUGGACCACACUCAGUGGUGCUGGCAGGGAGGGGACCAUGUGGUGCUGGGGUCAGACCCAGAGCUGCUAAAUGCUCUGUGCUCCAGUGCUCUAAGCUUCUUCCUAGCCCCUGGAACAUUCUUUUUUGGGAGGAAAGAGGUUGGCACUGGAGAUUGGGUCACACCCAGUGGUGCUCCAGGCUUACUCCUGGCUCUUUGCUCAGGGAUCACUACUGGCAGGUCCUGGGGGACAAGGUACGGUGCUAGGGAUCGAACCCUGGUUGGCAGGUGCAAGGCAAGCUUACCCGCUGUACUGUCCCUCUCUCGCCCUACCCCUGCAAUACUCUUAAGACCUUUGAAUUCGUAAGACUUUUUAAUUAUCAAGAGAGUUGACUGGAGGAAUAGCAGAGUGGGUAGAGUGCUUCCCUUGCACAGGGCUGACCUUGGUUCAAUCCCAGAACUGCAUAUAGACUUCCAAAUACUGCCGGGAGUGAUCCCUGAGCAAAGAGCCAGGAGUCAGCCCUGGGUAUGCCAGGUGUAGUCACCACCACCCCACCACUACCACCAAUAAUAAUAAAACAAAAAAAUGCUACCUAGCAAUCACAGGAGAUUUGCAAAAGCAAAGUUAAAGUAUUUUAAAGUGAGGUUUACAAUUAUCAAUACAAAUUCUGUAUUGUUCAUUUUCUCAGGAUUCUGUAAGCCCCGAUUAAGUCGACUAAUACCCUAGCAGCAGCAUGGAUAAGAAAGUUGGAGCUUUCACAUUCAGCAGUAUAUUUUAUUUCAAAGUAUCUUCUUAUGCUUAAUGUUUAACUUUAAUAAUGAUUUUUAUUAUUUAUUGUCUUUUAUUGAGAUAACUUCAGCUUGGGUAUUAUGUACAUGGAUUACUUUAAUUGUUUUUCGUAUUUUCUCACCAAAAUUUAGUAAAUAAUCACUCAUUGCUAUGAAUAAAUCCCUCUUUAAUGUCAUUAAUUUGGUAUUUUAAUUAUCCAUGUACUUUAUCCUGGAAACGUAAUACCAUAUAUACUCUAAUGAAUGAAAAGUUACUUACUUACACUGAAAAGUAAGCUUUGUACUUAAUUUUCAAAACCACACUCUUAAACUUUAAAAAGGCUGAGUUAGUUUAAUUAGUUGAAAUAUAACAACUAUUUCUACUAGUUUGUGACAGAAAAAUUUUACCUCUUCAUUCUGAUGUGAGUACAGUGAAAAAUGUUGAGUGGAAUACCAUAAUGAUCACAUUACAUAUGAAUAACUAUUCUACCAUAUUUGUUUAGUCUUUGUUCCAGGCGCCUGUCUCUGGAACUUUUCCAGUGAAGACAUUAUUUAAAAUCCAGUCCCAGAUUAGGUUUGCUUCAUAUUGGAUUCUUGGUGUUACCCAACUGUUUGGGACAAAGGCCAGUGAAAGUAAGCUAAUUUUGAAAUGAUGUUUGUUUUAGUCCCCCACCACCCUCCCAAACCCCCUCCGAGAGAGUAAGCUCUCUUGCUGUCUCUCCUUUAUUCUCUCUUCUGUUUCUCCCACUCCCUCCCUUAACUACAUCCCAUCCCUCACUACCUUCCCUCUGUCUUUCCACCCUUUUUAUCACUCUCUCUCUCUUCCACUUUUUAGAUAUUUUUGUGUUGAUGGCUGUCAAACCCAGGGCUUCAUAUCUGCAAGGUAAAUGCUUUACCAUCAAGUCACAUUCCUGGUCGAGGUUCCUCUUUGUCUUUUAACUUACCAAGACUCUGCAUAGUACUUCCCUUACUAUGAUACCUGUUUUAAGAAUGGAAGAAUAGUAAUUAGUAGAGAAAUUAAAUAUGUGUGUGCAUCUAAGCCUCUUUAUUAAAAUUAGAAAGAAGGGAGAACUUAUGAGGACAGAAAGUUUAAAGAUAGUUAUUAUAUUAACUCUGAAUUGAUUUAAAGACAUUGUAUUUCAGUGUCUGAAUCCUUAUGUGUGAUUUUGACUAUGUGGUCUGAUUUUGACUUCAUAAAUUUGAUAUAAAUAUGAUGUAAGAAUUUUCAUUUUAAAGUAUUUGCAAAUAGAAAAUUGAUACCACUGGGGGCUGGAGCGAUAGCAUAGCGGGUAGGGCGUUUGCCUUGCACGCGGCCGACCCGGGUUCGAUCCUCAGCAUCCCAUAUGGUCCCCUGAGCACCGCCAGGAGUAAUUCCUGAGUGCAAAGCCAGGAGUAACCCCUGUGCAUCGCCAGGUGUGACCCAAAAAGAAAAAAAAAAAGAGAGAAUUGAUACCACUGACUUUUACAAAUAUAAUCUUAUACUGGUUGCAUUAAGUAAAAUUUACUGAAAAUUUAUUUCAGUGAAUAUUAGCUUAGCAAACUAGCAGUUUCCUUAAAUAUUCUCUGUUACAGUAAGACAUGGGUCUUUCUACUUCAGAGUUGUAUAGACUUGUAGUAUCUGUUCAAGACCUGACCUCUCGGUACAUUUUAUGUAGGUUGGCUAUCCAUUCUGCUUUGACAGUCCACUGUGCAUUGUGUGCUUUACCCAUAGUAGGUAAGGUAUGAUCAGAGUAGCCAACUCUUCACUCUGAGAGUUGUUGGCUCUUGGAGAUGAAUACUUAUUCCCCACUCAAUAUAUAUUUCUGUAAGCCUGUGGCUCUGAGGUCUUACUGAGUGAACACUUAAUUGAUAGGAUAUUGUUUUCCUUUGUCUAUUGAACUUGAAUUUUGUGAGUUCCUAGGGACUCAGCUGAGACAUCUUGUCAAAAAUUCAUUUACAUGAGAGUCUGAUGGCGGAAAUUUUGAGUUCACUGAGUGCUAUGGGCCAGGAUCUGGCACAGUCUUUUGAUGUGUGAAUCCCUGGUUUGAUCCUGGGAACCCAAGGGGGGAAGAAAAAAAAACAAUGCACUGAGGGCCGACCUUUGAGGAGUAGUCUGCCGUAGGCUCCGCUUUGAAGGGGUGGGCUGCAUUCACAUGGUUCACUCAUAGGCCCCUGCAACUUUCAUGAACUUUCUAGAGUUUCUGAAAUGAAGAGUUGUAAUUAUCUUUUCUAACAUGGGCUGGCUGCACUUGACAGUAUGUUCAAAAUUAAGUCUAAUAGGAUAUAUGUCACUAAUAAACUUAAUUAGCUUAGUUUAGGAAAUUUAAGCUUUGACUAUAUGUAACCAAAUAGGUACUGAGUGCUUAAAGCUUUUAUUAUAAGUUAUGACUUAGCUUUUUUGUAAUGCUUUCCCCCCCAAGUAGCUUAGUGUGAUUUGCAAAACCAGUUUCAGUAGCUUCCAAUCACUGUGAUGCUAGUUGUUUUGUUUUGUUUUAAAUGCAUGUUAUUUAUCAGCAGUAUCUUCCAGUUGUAACAAAGCCCAAAUUAACCUGCCUUUUUGGAAAACAAUAUGGACCUAAAAGGAUUUUAGGUGAAUAUCAACAUAAUGUUUAGAAUUUCUUAUUUUAAAAUAAGACAUGAAAAACAGGACUGGAGAGAGAGUAUAGCAGGUAAGGCACUUCCCUUGCAUGCGCUGACCCAGGUUCAAUCCCCAGCAUCCCAUAGGGUUCCCCCCAAGCACCUCUAGGAGUGAUACCUGAAUGCAAGAGUCAGGAGUAAGCCCUGACCAUCACCAUACUCUACCCCGCUCCCCAAAAAGUAAAUGAAAAGCACAUUUAAAAUUGUUUUAUACCUUUGGAGCUAGGACCCAUACAUAUCUCCUCUCGCUUCCACAAAGCGACAAGCCUUCUUCCAGGCACACGGUGCUUGUUAGCUGCUGCCUGAUCGAUUCCCAGCACCCACAGUUAGAUUUUACAGGUGUUGGUGCCUUUGUGAGCAGAACUGGUCUAUGGUAGUCUAAAAUGGAUCACUGCUCUUUCAUAAACAUAGGGAACCGACUUUUUUUCUCCUCUCUCCAGUCCCAAUCAAUCUGUAUUUGUGGCAUUGUGGCAGCUUUACUUAGAAGUUGGAUGUUUCUCCAUAAUUUGUAACUUUAAGAAUCCCUCAGACUCGCCAGAUAACUUUUUCUGCUUCAUGGUGGAGUGUCUUUAGUCUAAGACUUUAGUCUUAGAGAUGUAGGAAGGAUUCUAUGUGGAAAAACACUACCUAACCAGAUUCUUAGAUUAUUAUUUUAAAAUGUAUUUUCUGUGAUUUUCCCUUUAUUUUUUUCUAAAACUAUAACCAAGGUGAUGAAGAAAUUACCAACAGCACUUAAAAAUUCCUUUUAUCCUAAUACUGUGAGCCGUAAUUUUCCCUUUCAUGAAAUAUGUUCUGUAUUUGCUUUUUAUAUCUGGUCCUUACACACCCUUCAUUAUUACCCUUUGGAGAAGUGCUAUAGUUGGCAAGAUCAUUGAAAACAUAAAGCAACUCGUUCUUCAAAUACAAUUGUAAGUUCUUAUAAUAGUAUUUUAUAGCAUUGUCUAUUUCUUCUUAAACUUGGAAUUUAAUUAACAUACAGUUAGUUACUGUUUGGCAUGUUGAAUACGCCACAGGUAGCUUGCCAGGCUCUGCCGUGCGGGCAAGAUACUCUCGGUAGCUUGCCGGGCUCUCCGAGAGGGGUGAAGGAAUCAAACCCAGAUAACAUUUUAGGGAAAAUCGGCUCUUUGAAUUAUCAGACUCCAUACUUCUAAGACCAUUAACUGGCUUUAAUAUCUCUAUGAGGGUAUUGAAGUUGAGAGAAAAGGUAAAACUUGCAUUAGCUAAUAUUUUGUCAGGUCUGAUACAUAGUUUUCAUUAUUUCAAAAUUAAAUAUAUAGAGACCUAUUUUUUUUAAUUAGCCAUGUUGUUCCAAAUCCUCCCUUUAUAAGCAAUAUCUUUGGGUUGUUAAUGAUAAAAAUAUACAUUUUUUAUGGUUUUUAAAUAGAUAUGUGAAGAUAAUAAACUAACCAUGAUUACAGGUAAAAGAUUUUAAUCCACCUCUAUUUUAUAGUUUACCCUCCAAAUGCUGAGAGAAAAGUCAAAUAAGAUAAUAUCUCUUCAAGAGGUAGAAUAUUUCCUUUAAAAAAAUGACAAUCAAGAAAUAGUCAUUUGUAUACUUACUUGCCAAAGUUUUACAAGUUUAUACAUUCUUAAAGGUAAACCUCUUGCCCACCCAGCCCUUCAGAAAGGGAAGAUGUUCCAGGGCCCAGGAAUUUUGUUUUUAGUCUAGAUCUAUAUGUCUGCACAUGCCAAGGGCAUUCAUAGCACAUAUGUCCUUGAAUGCUGUGUCUGUGUGUGUGUGUGUGUGUGUGUGUGUGUGUGUGUGUGUGUGUGUUGGGUGGGGGAUGCGGGAGGGUGGCAGUUGUCCUGUUUUGUUUUGAUUGGGGUUUUUUUUUGGCUUUGUAGCCUGAAAUCCAGGUUAUUCCUAUUCAGUAUGAGGUGGUCUGUUUGUUUUAAGCUUCUUAGUGUUUUUAGUCCAAUUCCCCAAGUUGUAUCUCAAAUGUUAGAGCAAUGCUGCCUUGAUUAUUUCACUUUUGAAGCUCAUUUAGUAGAUUAAGUAAAUUGUUACUUCACCGUUUAAAAGAUACAAGCCAGAGUGUACAUUGCUGAACUGACAAACUAUCCUACUUAAGGACUAACAAAACACUUGGUAAAAUUGGCAAUAUUUUUUUCUUCUUAUUUACUACUUUUCUAAGUUUCAUUCUGUUGUUGCAAGUUUCUGUAUAUUUUUUCUGUGAAGCCUUUUUAUUGUCUGACUUGAAAUAAAAGUAUUUCUAAUGA